ACAAUUCAGAAGUGGGAUACACCGUUUGCGCCGAAAAUGCUUACAAAAGAGGAACUUCUUUGUGCUUUGCAAGUUGCUAACAUCGAAGUGCCUCCGAAAGCAACUUUACCACAACUACGCAUGUUGUACGAGCAAAGUGUACCGAAAACCAAAAUGGAGGAACAAUCAACACAGAAUUUCAUUCUUCCAAGUGUGUGUGCAGAUGAAGACGAUGUGACGAACAAUGGAAACCACGUUGCAGCAGCCGCCAUCUUGAUGAAAGACAAAGCUGCUCCCACAUCUUCGACGCAAGGUGCUUCAUUCGACGUAAAUUCUCAUCAUUUGGAAUUAAUGGCGCUACGAUCAAAAAUCAUGGAAAUGGAACAGCGGCAGACGUUUACGGAUGGUCGAUUGGUUCAUCCCGAGGAGUUGAAACAUUUGAUACCGGAAUUUUCUGAUGGCCUCGGUAUUAAUAAGUGGAUCAAUACGAUUCGCUACAAUAGUGAAUUAUAUGGAUGGCAGGAUCGAACGAUGCUUUUAUAUACAGGCAGUCGGUUGACUGGAGCAGCAAGCGAAUGGUACAAUGGCUUCCGUAACACUUUGAAGACAUUCGACGAAUUCGCUGACACAAUUAAAAAGGCUUUUCCUGAUCGCUGUAACGAAGCCGUAAUUCAUAGCCAAUUAGCGUCGGUCUACAAGAAAAUUUCUGAGUCGUACACAAGCUAUGUAUACCGAGUAAAUGCGCUGGGAAUGUCAGGCAACGUGAGUGAGGAGGCUAUCAUAACUUAUGCCAUCAGAGGACUUUCUCGUGACCCUCUCUAUGACAGCCUUGUAACCAAGGAUUACCGCGAUAUUUACGACUUGAUUGACAACAUUAAGCGAUAUGAAUCCCAUCUUCUGUUGCGCAAAAACCCAGAACGCCGCAGCCCAUCUCACAUCAACACCAUUUCCCCGAGACCGAUUCCACCAAGACAAACGACGACAGAACCUCUUCGAUGUUAUAACUGCUCGAAUCAUGGACACCAUUCAUCGCAGUGCACACAACCUCGCCGAGCUCCGGGUUCCUGUUUCCGAUGUGGCAGCACAUCACAUGUCAUUCGCAACUGUCCUGUCCCAGAUAGACGUCAACCAACGGUUGCUGCGGUUUAGGGCAACGACAAUGAAACAUCGCAUCUAGAUUCUGGGGAAAAUGGAAACUUCGUUCAACUUGAGGCCUAUCAGGAGUUCUAAAAGCUUCAUAAAUGAAGCCAUUGUUCCGGUUACAAAACUAAGCGCUCCCCAACCAAGUGGAUUUCGAGGAAUAGGAAAUGUGAAUUUACAAACUCUUGGAACAGUACAGUUAAAACUUAGUUUUCGUAAUGAAACACUCAUUCACAAUUUCUAUAUUUUACCAAAAAGCUACAUGUCCCUAUCCAUGAUAGUAGGGAGAGAUUUGUUAUCAGAAUUUAACAUCACACUCGCUCAAUUCCGUAAACAUUACAGCAAACUAAUGCUGAUGAAUUUCAAUAAAGAUAGAAUUC